UCUGUGGAUCGAGGAAAACGAAUGGGCGAACAGACAGAUAAAUAGAAGGACCUGAUCAAACAAACAGCCAGACAGACUUCAGGACACAAAGAAAGGUCUGGUCCAGUCUGGUGCGAGGUACACACCAUCUUUGUUUGCGACUCCCAGGGACCUGCCGACCAUCUGGUCUGUUCACACGCCAACCUCAAUGACGAACCGAGUUCUGCCUUCUGCCAAAGCUUUGAGGAGAUGCGGUCAGUCGUGCGUUUGUUGACAAUCUUCCCCUGACAAUGCCUCGUGAUGAAACUCUGGAUGAAACGGAUCUGGAACUUUGACAGUUGAGCAGACAACACCAGCGACCUCUGUUGACUCUCUACAGACAUGGCAGCAGACAUUACAAGCGUAAAUAAAGCCGCUCAUAACGAGACUGCCAUGUCGGACCAGAUGGAAGGAUGUGUCGUCAGCAACCAGACGAACUUAGUGGCGGGGGAGAGCGCGGAGGUGGAAGAGUGGACAUCGCGGAUCUUCGGGUCCGUGCUGAUCCCUCCUUUGUUCUUCGUGGGGGCGCCAGGCAACCUGCUCAACCUGCUCGUCUUCUACCGGCAGGGCUUGCAGGUGCGGAUCAACCUUUGCCUCUUCAGCCUGGCCUUCGCCGACCUCAUGGUCAACUGCGGUUCCUUCGUCUUCUACGCUGAGCGGUUCGCCUCGCUCUUCUCGAAAUACGAACGGUUCAGUCACGUGUUCGUCUUCAUCACCACCAAAAGCCUCCAAGUCAUCUACGGCUUCUCCUACGUCUCUUUCAUCAUCACCGCCAUCGUCGCGGUCGAGAGGUGCUGGAGCAUCGCACGGCCUUUGCAGGCGCAUGCGCACUUGACGACGAAGUCCAUGGCGGUGGUCCUCUCCCUGAUCUUCGUCUCAGUCAUCGGUCUUUAUUACGUCAGCGCUGCCAGUUGGAGCGUCGCCUGCUUUGUGGAUGGCGCUUCCGGUGUCUCCAGGGUAAUCUUUACCAGCAACGACUUCUACAGCAGGAACCGGAUGUUGGUGGACGUCGUCGAAAGAUACCUGUUCGGCCUCUCGGUGCUGUGUUUAUGUUUACCUGUCGUCAUAGCGACUACCUUGAUCACCAGCGUGAAGCUGCGACAGAGCGUGCGGUGGCGAGAACACUCCGCUCCCAACGGUCAGUCGAGGAAGGAGGCAGCGUUGACGAAAAUGCUGAUAGGAACAUCGAUACUUUUCAUCGUCUGUCUUACUCCAUUCUGUUUCUUCAUGUGCCUGUCUCUCAUGCUUUCAGAAUUUCGCACAGGUGGACGCCAUCACAAUAUUAUCAUCAGUUUAUCCAACAUUGCCGAAUUUUUCUUCGUGGUCAAUUCAUCCUUCACUACUUUCAUCUACUACUCUUUCGGAAGUCGUUAUCGAGAGGCAGUGCAAGGAAUGUGUUUCUGCAGCAGGAAACGAGGGAGAAAACGUGGCGAGGGCAUUAUCAAAGCAGUCUCAAGGGGUAGACUCCCCAUAAAUAUUUUUUGGCCUAAUAAAUAAUUACCAACUCGAGAGAUUAUAUAGCACAGCAGUACAUUUAGAAAUGUUACUGUCGGAGCUCUUAGCAAUAACUAAUAUUAAAGUAACGAAAUGAAUAAUAACUGAAAGAAGGACAAAUAAACAAGUACGGAAAAAUCUCUGGAAUAUAUACGUAUAGAGCAUUAUCCAGAUGAAUUGCACUGUAUAUAAGCUCCUCUACAACCGCAUUCCCGUCCGAUCCUGCUUAAAGGUUUAUAUAAAAAAACAACAACAAAAAAAAACCCCAAAAAACAACAACAAAAAAAAACAACCACACAAAUAAGUCAAACUGUAUGAUUUAAGCCCAACAAA